CACGACACAAUGGGCCCCGAACUCUCUCAUGCCUCUAUGUUAAACGGUGCAACACCCACGGCCAACAACUCAUCCUCCAAAUCGUCGACGUCAAUCUCAAAAAAGUCCUCGGUCGAUCCCAAUGUCCUCGAAGUUGUGUUCGGGUCUCUGCUCAUCAAGCCCUGGUAUCCGAGCUUUUAUCCCGAGGGAUUGGUUGGGAGGAAAGCGGAGAGGUUGUAUGUGUGUCAGUGGUGCUUUAAAUACAGCAAGGAGUUGAUGGGGUUUUUGGGACAUGCGAAAACAUGCCCUCUGAGAAGUACGGCACCGCCUGGCGAGGGUAUAUACUCUAAAGACGGGUACUCGCUGUAUGAGAUUGAUGGGGAAGAGCAUAAGCUCUACGCCCAAAACCUCUCCCUCUUCGCGAAGCUCUUCCUCGACACAAAAUCCGUUUUUUACGACGUAACAACCUUCCUCUACUACCUCCUCGUCGCGCAUACACCUUCUCCAUCCAUCAACCUAAAUUUGCCCGAUUCGGAUAGUCUUCCACAGCGACAAGUCGUCGGCUUCUUCAGCAAGGAGAAAAUGAGCUGGGACAAUAAUAACCUAGCUUGUAUAUUAGUCUUCCCGCCUUGGCAGAAACAAGGCCUAGGACAAAUAUUGAUGGGUGCGAGUUAUGAGAUGAGCAAGCGAGAAAGGAGAUUGGGGGGUCCAGAGAAACCGCUCUCGGAGCUCGGCCGCCUCGGCUACCAGCACUACUGGUCUGCGACUCUGGCCCGCGCCAUCCUCUCCUUCCCCUCCAAAAAGACACUCUCCGUGCUCGACCUACGAAACGAAACAUACAUUGUCCCAGAAGAUAUCAUAGCUACAUUACAAACUAUGGAGGUGAUGGAUCAUAAAAAGAGAGGUGGCGCAGAUGCUAUGAUCAACAAAGCGAAGGUUAGAGCGUGGGUGGAGAAGCAUGGAGUGGACGUGCGAGCCCCGGUUGAUCCUGAGGGAUUUAUAAAGUUGGCAGAUGAAGAGGAGGAAGUUGAGGAGUGAGGGUGUAGUCGCUGGGUGAGGUUGAGAUCGGGAUUACAUCUGGGAGGGAAGGGAGUGCAAUGGCGUUUAAUUGGUGUUUAUAUACCCUACAUUUGAUCAGGACAGAUGGAUUGCUCAUUGAAUUUUGAGCAGAGAUAAAAGGCGAGAUAUAAGAUUUGCAGAAUCAGACUCCAGUAAAGAAGAAACUAUUCGGAGUAAGCAACUGAAAUACUGGAUAUCACCUGAAGCGGG